AUGUGCAUAAUGACAUGCAAGUUGGACAGACUGGAAAAAUUAUUGCACCGGAAUUGUAUAACGCUAUUGCUAUCUCUGGUGCUAUACAGCAUUGUUGGAAUGAAGGACAGCAAGGUAUGUAUCAAUAGCAAGUCGCUGCUAUUACGGUUGAGAAUUAACAAGAAUCCCGAUGGGCCAAUCUUCCAGGUGUCUGAUUUUGGUUUGAAGGCAGAUCUAUUCAAGGCCUUUCCAGAGAUGAUUGCAGCUUUAUGA